CUCCUCUUCCUCCUCCCCUUCUUCCACCUCCCUCUCCUCCUCUUGGCAGCAUCCACUCUCAUAUUGUUGGCGUGCCGGCUGCUGCUCAGGUCCGUAUUUACUCUGUCAGGACCCGGACGACCCCUCCCACGGCGACGCGCAACCCGACCUGCAGUUCACAAAAGCCAGCCAUUAUCAGAUGCUUGUAAAGCUGACAUGUGUACACCCAGCGAGACUGUGACCUGAGAUCCCACCCUGAGGGAAGACCAGGAUGCAACCCAUCGCAUCACAGCCUUCAGGCCAGACCAGUGUUGGAGGAUGCCAUUGCAACCCUCCAGCUGCAGCCUUGCUGCUCCUCCUGUGUCUUGGCUUCCCCACCUCUGUGGCUGUUUGCCCACCCUAUUGCCUUUGCGCCAGUGAUAUAAUUUCCUGUAGCGGCCUCAAUCUGUCCAAGCUGCCCUCUGGUCUACCGAGCUACGCCACACGGUUGGACCUGAGCCACAAUGCUCUCACUGCCCUGUCAACAGAUUGGAUUCCCCAACAAUUUCACCGACUCGCUACACUGGUUCUCAGUCGAAACUCCAUAAACCAAAUUGAGGCAAAUGCUUUCAAUGCCACGCCACAUCUCCUGCACCUGGACCUCUCAUCCAACCGAAUAACAGUGCUGAACGUGUCCCUCUUCACUGGGUUGAAGGAACUGAAAGAGCUGCUGCUAUUUGACAACCAGAUUGUCCAGAUCAACCCAGGGGCCUUAGAUGAUCUUCAUAGUCUGCAGAGGCUCUACCUCUCUGGGAACAAACUGAAGGCUUUCCCCCUUGGGCUUUAUUGGGAACCUGGAGGGCCUCGUAACCUGACCUUUCUUGAUCUGUCCUACAACAGGCUCACUAAGUUGCCUGUUCAGAGUCUGCUGUCUCUCACUCGCCAAGGUAGAAUUUAUCUGCAGGAAAAUCCUUUGGUCUGUGACUGUGCUUUACUCGCCUUGCUCGAGUACUGGUUGUGGAAACAGUAUCGCCCCCUGGUGGAUUUCAGAGGCGAAUACCCUUGUAGGGAGGAUUCAGGACCAGGGCCUACUUGUAACCAGCAGGGAGUGUCGGACAUGCCCCUUGAGUCACAGACUUACCAAGAGGAGCCAGGUAAAUGGCUGAGAGUGCCAUGUCCAGGGUUGGGGUCUUCUGCACAGGAGGAUCUGGUGGUGUUCUGGCUUACCCCACGGACUGUAGUCAAUUCAUCAACCGAUGAUCCAAGUGCCCACUUAAUAGUUCUCCCCAAUGGCACCCUUGAAAUCCGAGGAGCACUCGUGGAGGAUUCUGGUACUUAUGGGUGUGUAGCGGCCCGCCAGCGACACUAUGACCCCUACACGUCUUUUGAGGUCAACGUGGUGGUCGGAAACGUGAGCACCGCCUCUGCCAUUGGCUCGGUACGUCGCAGUGGCACAGAGCAUUUCAACACCGCAUUCACCACACUUGCCUCCUGUGUGGUUAGCAUUGUAUUGGUGCUGCUUUAUCUCUACCUCACCCCCUGUCGGUGCAGAGAGAGCCGGGGUGGAUCAAGAGGGUGCGGGGGACGAGCUAUCAUCCUCUGUUCAGACCCCAGAGAGGUAGAGUCAGGACAGCAGUGGUCAAAUGGAAAGAGGGUGGCUUUUUUAGAGCCGCAGGCAGAGGACUCCAAUAUUGGCAGCCCAAAAACACCAGCAGUGAACUUGGAUCAUUCUACUAUUGAGGGAAUUCUCAAGAAUGGAAGUAGGACAGUGGGACAGAGCCCCAUAGACCCUGAUCACAUGGCAUAGCAAGAACCUCUUACACACUGUAUUCUCACAGUCUCAACCCAAAUGUUUUUUUUCAGUGUCUUGGUUCAGUACACAAUGAAAAAAAAAUCUAUUUGAUGUAAUCUAGUGUACUGUGAGUCUUGUGAAGUACUUUUCCCACUGUAGACUUUGGGUUGUUGUUCUGAUGCAGCAGUUGCGGCCCUUGCGUAGGCAGAAUUUCAAUCAUAUCUCGACUGUGUCGUAAUUGGCGUCUGUUUUUUACAUUAAGAGUUCAUAUGGAAAUUUUCUCAGUUACCAUGAGGAAAUUGUCACCGCAAAGAUCACAAAGAGCAUAUAGAUGUGGGAGGAUUUUUAAAUUGGGCCGAGAGGAAUUCACACCUGAUUUGAUAAGCUGCUAGAGGCACUGCUGGUUAUCAUGCAGUAUGUAUUGUGAAUACUGCCGUCACUGAGCCCCUUGUUAUUUUUAACCAACAGUCUCCUACUGUGGAGCAUAUCAUUUUCAAAACAUGUCAUAAGUGUCAUAAACUUACUGUAUCUCAACUUUGAUAUUUUCAAGGUCAAACAUUGUUUUCUACAUGCUGCACUCAAAUGACCUAUUCUAACCUAACCUAAUCUUAUAUAACCCUGUGAAUGUUUCCCCCUCCCUUUUUUUAACAAAGAAAUAAUACAAAGUGAGACAAGUAUUUGGACAGGGACACGAUUUGAAUAAUUUUGGCUAUGUACAGUACAUCAACUCAGUGGAUUAGCGAAAGUCAUCAAGAUAAGCCUUUAAGCUUUAAUUCAAGGGGUUUAACAAAAAUACAGCAUCAACUGUUUAGGAAUCACAACAAUGUUUUUUAUAUAUAGUCCCUCCAUUUUCAGACUCUCAAAGGUAAUCGACAAAGUAAUCGAUCACAGCCGACUUGAUGACUGUCAACAGUGCAUGGAGCUAUGGUGUCAGUUCAGAUGCAGCCUACUGCUGCAAAACCGAUUUGACAAUACUUCACAAUACAGAUGGACGAUGAAUCAAAACUGCGAAACCAAGGCAUGGCAAUGGAAUGUUCUUCAAUGACAAUCAAAGCAGCAACUGCAGGCAGCUGCUACAGUACAAAGGCCUGGCAAAGCAUCUGAGGGGAGUAAACUGCAUUUAACUCAUGGCUUCCAGACCUCAUGCAGUCAGCGAUCGCAGAGCUUUUCAUCCAAGUGUCAAAGAUAAUCCUUGUAUUUAUAGAUAGUUUGUCCAAUUAUUUUUCAGUCUCUGAAAAUAGUGGGACUAUAUACAGUAUAAAAAUGUAUGUAUUUCCUGAACAGUUAAUGCAAUAUCUUGAAUUGAAGCUGAAAGUCUUCACUCCAUUCACAUCAUUGAGAACCUCACUGUCCACAGUAGUUAGGGACACUGUAGUAACCUAUUGCAUUGCUUUUAGGUGGAAAUCCACAAUAUGAUCAGUUAGAAAGGAAAGCGAAAAAAGAAAGUAAGGUACACAGACUCGUAUUUAAUCAGACUAAAUGCAUUUGAUGGACUCAAAUGUGGUGGAAUGCUCCUGUAAGUUGUGGUUCACUCAAAUGACAAGCGACGUACAGUAUUUUCUCACUUCUCUACAGUUGCAGAGCUGCGCUGAUCAUCAACAGUUUUACUAAAAAUGAGUAAUGUGAAAGGGAUCACCUGUGAAACGGACAAUUGGUCAUGACUGAAACCACACACAAAAUUCCUCCAUUGGAUUUGAGGCAAAAACUUUUGUGUGUCACAUCUAAUCUGAUUGAUCACCAUAUCAAAAACAAUGUCUGUAAUGAAAUAGGUUGUCUGUAAGAAAUAUUACAGACAACCUGAUCCCUCCUUCCCAUUCAAAUUGGACUUCCCUGCUCACCUUCCACUCUCGUUGUUACUCAAACCCACAGCUUUACACACAGCAGAUUCAUGGGGGAAUUGAUCCUCAUCGGUUCAGACAGGAGUGUAGUUUGGGCUCAGGGACGAAGCCCCAGUCAGCCCAGAUCAGUGUCACAGAAAUCAAAAAGAGGUAUGCCAGCUCGCCCCAAGCCCCAAGUGACCUGCUUUCCUUUGUCCUCUUCGUCUGAUUUUAUAGCUGUCUGGAAUCAUGUCCAAGUGCCAAGAGGCUUGUUAUAGUUUCCCCGGCCAUACCUGUACACACUGUCUGAAUAUCGACUUCUAUCGUAUAUUUCUUUUGUUUUGUGAGACACAGGGUAAAUUUUAAGUAGAGGCAGUGAAAGCAAAACUUUGUCAAGACUACAAUGACUGAUAUUUGUAGAAAUGAAAUAAAAUGUUGAAAUUUUG